UGAAACCCUAUUAUCUUCAUUCUCUACUGUCGAUUCAUCUUUCCUCUCAUCUUCAUCAUCUUUAUUAUAAUAACAAAACAAAACAAUUCCUCCCCUUCUCUCUCAUGAAACCGAUCAAAUCCCUCCGAUCUCACACCGCCACCACCUGACAUCACUCCGAUCAAUCUAAACACAUCACAUCAUUCUUCACCAAAUCGCUCUAUCACAACUACCGUCACCGCCCACCGCCGCCAUGGCGGGAUCAGUCGACGAUCUCGGAGCUGCUCCGCCGGAUUCAUGGGAGGUUGCUGACUUAGACGCUACUAUGAGCAGGCUGAUGCUUAAUUCGAAGCGUGAUAAUAAUAAUGAUAAAAACUCGGGUUUGACUACUACUACUACUACUAAUAGCUCUUCGGAGUUUGUUAGUGAUUCUUCAGUUCCGGUGAGUUCGUCUUCCGGCGGUGUGUUGGAGGAUCUGAUUGAUUCUGUUGAUCAGUUUCUUCGCGAAGCCUUGCAAAACCCUAGGGAACGCCUUUCAGUGCUGCGGAUGGAGCAGGAUGUGGAGAAGUUCAUUAGAGAUCCUUUGCAACAACAGAUGGAGUUCCAGCAGUUGCCUACUUCAUAUCUUCGCUUAGCAGCACAUCGUGUGGCUCAACACUAUUCACUGCAGUCGAUGGUACUACUAGACAACACCCUUCCGGAUGGUUCUGGUUCACGGAUCAUUGUCCGCAAGACUUCUGAUUGCCGAAUUCCUCUAAUACGAUUAGCAGAUAUUCCUGUUAACUUACCAACAGAAGACGGCCUUAGUAGCAGCGUUGCUAAGGUUGCUAUCAAACAGAGGCCUAAUAAGCGAUCACAAAACAGUGGUGGAGCAAACUCAAAUUCGACGAAGAACAAUAGUUUAAAGAGUGUGGAGGAGAGAAAAGAAGAGUAUAAUCGAGCCCGUGCAAGAAUAUUUAGCUCCACCUCCAGCUCUAGUGGUGGGAAACAAGAAAAUGAGCCGAGAAUGCAGGAAGUUUUCCAGCAGCAUAGUCCAUUGGUGACUUCAAAGAUAGAAGAAGUUUCUGUUCCUGAUGUGAGUACUGGAAGGGUUUCAGUUGAUUCCUCUGCCGGAAGCAGUAGAUCAGGUAGAGUUAGGACAGAGAAGGAGCCAAUUGUUAGGUCACGUAGUAAUAGUAGAGUGGCCAUCUUUCGUGACCGUGAAGUUGAACGAAAGGAUCCCGAUUAUGAUAGGAGUUAUGACAGAUAUGCACAAAGAUUUGAUCCAGGCUUUGGGUUUAAUGGAGGCUCAUAUGCCAUACAGCCGAUGUACACACCAGUCGUGAAUUACAACACUGAAUUUCCUCAGCUUGGUUCAGCACACAGGUCUCCUAUCUCUGGUGAACGCCAACCUUGUGCACUUCCUCAACAUUUGCCUGGCCCAUGGGUUCCACCAUCUUCUCCUGCCGGACUAGGCUACCGGCCUCCAGAUGCAAUGAUGACUCCAUUUAGUCCCAACCACGCUCCACAUUCAGCCUCAACACUAUAUAUGCAGUACCCCUGUCAGCGUCCUGGGAUGACAUUUAUCCAUCCUCAUGAACAGGUUCAUCAACACUAUGCACAGUCUCAGCAGCCGCAACCUGAUGCAAGUUUUGGAUUAGCCCGGCCCCGAUGAGGGGCUUGGGCCAUGCCUGCACCCUGCCAGAGCUAUCGAAUGUGUAUACUGUGUGUUGUGGUUUCUAUCACUUCACCUUAUCUAAGCUGGCAGAGGUGCAGGCAUAAUUUACUGAGGUUGGUUGGGAUGGACGUAUCAGUAUCAUGAAUAUGGUUUUGGUCCAUUUCAUCAAUCUCAGUCUCUGGAGCUUCAUAAUUUUUGCCGAAGCUCGUUGGUCUCUGCUAUAUCAUUAUGUUGAAUAGCUUCAGGUGAGCUCUACUUUGCCAUUGAUGACGACGAAGAGUGAUAAGAAGAAAAGACUAUCGGAGCUGCUAAUGUACACCUGUUUUGCAAGCAAAGCACCAUAAAGCGUAGAUAGGAUGGUACAAAUGGAAGUGGAGCCCAGCUGGUGGCUUAACCGAAAAAGAGGCUUCAAUUAUAUCACUCAUAAGUUGGGUGAAUAGAAGAAGAAAAUGGCAUACAAUAUCAAUAGUGUGUAUUCUUAUGUAAAAAUCUAUGUUUGAAAAAUACAUUCUUGUAUGCCGUAUGCUUUUUAUUUAAACUCUAAGUUUUGCAUUAUCGUUUUUCAAGAAAA